AUGGACGACAAUAAUCGACGCAGGAGGCAGAACGAACCGCCUUAUCCCGCGCCGGAUCCACGAUACAACGAGGACCAAGGGCAGGGUCGCGGCUUCCCAAAUCCCCCCGCACCUCUCGCAUCCUCCCCCGCGGCGAGCAGAGGGGCUGGAGGCGCGCCUGCAUAUUCGGGGUACUACCAAGAGCAAGCAGCCUCUUCCUAUCCGGCGGGGCUCCCCCCAAACCCUCUCCAAUAUCAACCCGGCUACCCGCAAGACCAACGGCAGCAGCAAGGUUUCGCCAGCUAUAGCCCCGAUCUGAUGUACAAUGUCUCACAACAGGCACCACAGAACCCAGUCUACGACUCGGCCCAGCAAUUUCAAGGGCGGCAGCCCGCAGGCAUGCAGAUGUUGUCGGACGUUGCGGGACCUUACUUCUCCAACGAGCCACCCAGCGCGCCGGCGCCUGCGGGACUACAGCAUCACGCAUCCUCGAGCUCGUCCACCGUCUACCAACAACAUCAACAGACUCCCGCAGACCGCACCCCUCUUCUCCAACAACCCUACCCCAACAAUCUCGCUGUGGGAGGAGUGGCCCAGCCGGCGCCGGAAAUCAUAGGAGAGGAGGGCUUCCAGGCCCAAGGUCUUGGGAUGGAGGCCGCGUACACGGCAUAUCAGACUGCGCUGAAGGAGAUCUUUCAAAAUGUCAUCCAUGGUCGCCUGGCUGAGGCGAGCCAAUCCCUCUUGGAAGUGUCGGAGUGGCUCUUGGGUCAUGUUGGAGAGCUCGGCCUUACUGUAGACGAGGUCUCUCUCUAUCAGGACCGGAUACGGCUCUGGGGCGAGUUCAAUACGGCUUGGCUUAGCAUCUUUCAGAGGCAGAAGGAUAUGUUGGAGUCUGGCCAGCGGAUACAGCCGCCGCAAAGCUUAAUGAGUCAAGAUUUCAUCAACAAGAUGGCUAAGGAUCUGAUCCGGAUGUGCGAUGCGAUUGAGAAGCAUGGCCUAGUUGACUACCAGUAUGGUGUUGCGGAAGAGCAGAUAAUCAUGAUUCUCACCGAGUGUCUCGACCUCCAAGAAUCGAUAGAAGGAGAGGGUGGGGGCAGCGGGCUUGCCAACCCAGCUCUCGGAAGAGCCCCUCCAUGA